CCAGUUGUUAUAUGAGCAGCAGCACUGGAUUGUGCAACAGAACCAGCAACUCUAAAUGCUGAACUCCUCCUCCUCGUCAUCAUCAUCGCCGUCGUCUCACAGAGCGCAUCUGCUGCAGAGCGUUAUGAGUUUACACGGAUACACUGAAACUUAGCUUUUCCUCACUGCUCACGGAGUAUCCUUCAGACAUAAAUGAAGGAUAACUGAGUCAAAGACAACCUCGUUAUAACAGUCGCUUUGUCGCCGUUUCCUUUAACCGUGUGCACAAUGGGAUUGCGCGUGUUUGGCACAACGCUUUACGCAUACUCCUGGGUCUAUUUAUUUGUUUUCACCCUGCAGGCUGCUCAGUCUCAAAGGAAUCCGGGAACACAGCAAGGGAAUGACCAAAGAGGGGCCCUCCGGCAGACGCUACAGUGGUCACACAACGGCAAGAUAUUUAGCAUUCUAAGCCAAGGGUCUGAGUAUCAGCCGGCCAGACGCAGGGGCGCAACGCAGGAGCGAGUGCAGGAGCGACCUGUCACAAUCAUCCGGGAUGCGGACACCCAGAGACAACCGGUGGCCCAGCAGCAGCCUCCCCGGCCGGCCUCCAACCCGCAGGGCCAGCGCAGCCUCCCGCUGCCGAUCCAGAGGCUCGUGAGAGGCCAGGAACACCGCCAGCAUCACCAAGCGCGUCCCGGUGAGCGCACAGGGACGCAGAGGAGCCGGAGAGUAAAUGAUACCCAAGAGCAGGUCGAUGUCAGGAGAGAAGACAUGAUGGUGGGAGACGAUCCAUACGAUCCCUACAAGUCCAUUGACACCGAUAAUCCAUAUUACAAUUACUAUGACGUUUACGAGAGACCAAGGGAGAGAGCGAGACCCGGAUAUGGCACAAGGUAUCAUCAGUACGGUCUCCCUGAUCUGGUUCCUGACCCAUACUACAUCCAAGCCUCGGCCUACGUCCAGAGAGUCCCGAUGUACAACCUGAGAUGUGCGGCUGAAGAAAAUUGUUUGUCAAGUUCCGCCUAUAGAGCACGAGACUACGAUAGCCGCAUGCUGCUGAGGUUUCCUCAGAAAGUCAAGAACCAGGGCACCGCAGACUUCCUCCCCAACAGGCCACGUUACUCCUGGGAGUGGCACAGCUGUCACCAGCACUACCACAGCAUGGAUGAGUUCAGCCACUACGAUCUGCUGGAUGCCACCACUCAGCGGUCAGUGGCAGAAGGCCACAAGGCCAGCUUCUGCUUGGAGGACACUUCCUGUGACUAUGGAUACUACAGGCGAUAUGCCUGCACCUCACAUACUCAGGGCCUGAGCCCGGGAUGUUAUGAUACCUACAACGCAGACAUCGACUGCCAGUGGAUUGACAUCACAGAUGUGAAACCUGGCAACUAUGUCCUGAAGAUCAGUGUAAAUCCUUACUACCAGGUUCCAGAAUCGGACUACAGCAACAAUAUUGUGCGCUGUGAUGUUCGCUACACGGGCAACUAUGCCUACGUGUCAGGUUGUCACAUGUCAACAUAUUAAAGAACGACAGUCAUCCACAGCAGCUCAGCGGACACACUGUGUAAAUGACAAAGAAGAGGACUGCACAUGAAAGCAUAUAAAGCAACAUAGA